GGGUGAGGGAGCUUGGGCUUCAACUUUGCUAAGCAACCUGAUCUCAGCCACACCUUCUCUAUUUUAUUCCCAGCUACUCAGUCAGUUACAAACACAGCAUCCAAGAUGUUCUCUCUCCUCCUGUGGAUCGCAGCUGCCAGGCCUUGCUGUUUGUCCUCGGGAGGGGCAGAGCCAGGCUUUCCUUCCCCUCCUGAAUCUUGGCCAUGGCCUCUCCCCAGUUUCUUUGUCUGGGCAGGAGCUGGGAAUUGAACUGGCUGUGGGAAAGUUGGCUGUGGUACUGAGUCCACACUCCUGCCUGGAUGGCUGUGGGACAUCACUGAGAGCACACAGAGGCACCAGCAGCAACAAUCCUCCCCUUCCCUUCCCCACACAGAGCAUGGCUGCUCUGGGAGAUGGUUCCAUGCCACUAAACUGUGGUGUAGAGCUGCUGCAAGCAGUUUGUAAUCUAAUUUAUUAAGAGCUUUGAAUCCUUACAAAGAGUAUGUUGGAUACAUGCAAAGCAUCUGCAUUAUUACAGUGAUUAGGGCAGCAGAGAUGGGGAAAGGGGAAGGAGGGAAAAUACAAUUUCUCUGCUUUCAGCAGAAAAUAAAUCAACUUUCACAGAGAAUUCUGGCAAAGCCAAAGGCUGUGCUGUCAUUAAAAAUGAUUUUUUAUUAAGCUGAACUCUCUCUUCUCUCAUAUUGUAUGAUAUGACAGCUCUCUUUUGAUGGGAAAGCUUUCAUUUGACCAGAGAAAGGGAUAAUUUGCUUCUUUUAAGGAGUUAAUCCUCUGGUCCAUUUCCGGGCUGGGAACAGCCAUCCUCCCCCUUCCUUGGAUGGGAGCUGCAGCACAAUGGAGAUCAUAACCACCUCAAAUCUACACCCGAGAUGGAGAAAUCAGAUUUCCUUCUCCAGUCAUUUUUGUAGGAUUAGCUAAAUCUUAGAUCCACACUAACCCUUCACAAAGCUGCCAAGAUUAGUUAGAAUUUAUUUUACUUGCAGGGGGGUUUACGGUUUUCUUUCCAAAGGGAUUAUAUCUCUCUCACUAUAUAUAUAUAUUUAGAGUGGCUUCAGUCAUAACACAGCUAGGUCAGAGGGAGGAAAAGAGUGUGUGUGCGUAUAAAAUAAAAACUCAGCUUCAAGAAUGACAGUCACUUGAAAUGCCAAGACAAAGCCAUGGUUCUGGAUGGCUUUGCCAGUCCAUUUCAAAAGCCACAUGAGCUGUCCUUUCCCUAGCAAAACCCCGCUAGGGAGGCAGUGAAGGGAGAGCAAAGCCCCCAGCUGGACUGCCUGCUUGCCCAGGAUGUCUGCAGAGCCAGUGCCAGGGGCUGAGGCUGCCAGGAGAGGCCUGAAGAAGCCACGUCCGUUCAGCAUCGAGCACAUCCUCUCCAGCCCCCCGGAGAAGAGCCCCCAGGUCUUGGUGCCCCUGUGCCUACGGAGCAUCCUGGGCUGCACACCCCAGAGGCCCUGCGAGCUGGAGACCAUCCCAGCCAGCUCCCUGCAGGAGGAGGAGGAGGAGGAAGAGGAGGAAGAGCUGGAAGGGGCACGCUGCAGCUGCUGCUGCUGUUCUCACACGAGUGCCCGUUCCCUGCAGGAGCUGCCGGCGUGGCUGGAUGCGCGGCUGCCCUGGCCCAUGCGGCUCCUGCAGCCGGCGCUCAGGGCGUGCAGGAGCUCCCAGGAGAAGGCAGAGCUGCAGGGCCUGCAGCAGCAGCUGCAGCGCCGCACGCGCCGGCACCGCACCAUCUUCAGCGAGGAGCAGCUGCAGGCGCUGGAGACGCUGUUCCACCAGAACCAGUACCCGGACGUGGUGACCCGCGAGCACCUGGCAAACCGCAUCCACCUCAAGGAGGAGCGCGUGGAGGUUUGGUUUAAAAAUCGUCGGGCGAAGUGGCGACACCAGAAGAGGGCGAGUGCCUCGGCAGUGACCCUGCAGGCCAAGCAGUCCCCCAAGGAGGGCUGUUAGUGCCCGCAGGGAGCACCAAGCACCCCCUGCCCGGGCUGGCAGGCUCAGGGGUGACCCGAGGGGCUGAUGCAGCAAAAGGAACCUCUGUGGUUCACACGAGGAGGAGGACAGGUAAAAGCAGACAUGGCAUUGCCACAUGCCUCUCCCAAACCGAGUUCACAUGGCAAAUGACUGGGCAGGCAGGACCUGCAGGGGACAGAGCUGUACCGGUGUUAAAUCUGUGUGCUGUAAGAGAAACUCCCCUUCUUGUCUUUGCUCUGUGCACGUAGUAUUUGUGCUUGUUUUAUUGAUGUAGAUUUGCAAAAUAUUCUGCAAAUGAAUGUUUCCUGUUUCCAGCACCUCAGCGGCAUCUAAAGUUGCUUUUGGGGUUGAACUCGCUGGACUAGCGAUUUGUUUCAAAACAAAGGAACGCGGGUUUCCCCCCAUAUCCCAGGGGAGAGGCGAUGACCCUGUUGUGCUGAGAGGGCUGGCACGGGCAGGUUCGCCUCCACCCCUCUGCCAGCCAGCCCCGGGCACAAGGAGCCGU